CCGUUUCAAGUCACCUUCCUUCUCCUCUCUUCUCCUCCGAUUCCCAGGGGUUGUCUUGCUCUCCAACAAUAGAAACUUAUAAGCUCAAACGAACUAAGCAUUUCUCUGCUUCUACUUGAUCUCCGGCAAGAUGACGACCAUGGAGAGCUUGAUUGGCUUGGUUAAUAGAAUCCAGAGGGCCUGUACUGUGCUUGGAGACUACGGUGGCGACGAUAACACUUUCUCUUCCCUUUGGGAGGCUCUUCCCUCUGUCGCCGUCGUUGGUGGCCAGAGUUCGGGGAAAUCUUCUGUGUUGGAGAGCAUAGUUGGCCGAGACUUUCUUCCCAGAGGAUCUGGAAUUGUGACGAGAAGGCCACUGGUGUUGCAGCUUCAUAAGACCGACGAAGGAUCACCGGAGUAUGCUGAGUUUCUUCACCUACCCAAGAGAAGAUUCACUGAUUUCUCACUUGUCCGUAAAGAAAUUCAGGAUGAAACCGAUAGGUUAACUGGGAAGACAAAACAGAUAUCUCCUGUUCCUAUUCAUCUCAGUAUCUACUCUCCAAAUGUUGUCAACCUAACACUGAUUGAUUUGCCGGGUUUGACAAAAGUUGCUGUUGAGGGACAGCCUGAAAGUAUUGUUCAAGAAAUUGAAACCAUGGUUCGAUCUUAUGUUGAUAAGCCUAAUUGCAUCAUACUAGCUAUAUCUCCAGCCAACCAAGAUAUAGCAACUUCAGAUGCUAUCAAGCUUUCCAGGGAAGUAGAUCCCACAGGUGAACGAACGUUUGGUGUCCUUACUAAGCUGGACCUGAUGGACAAAGGAACUGAUGCAUUGGAUGUCCUUGAAGGGAGAGCUUACCGGCUGCAGCACCCAUGGGUUGGAAUUGUGAACCGUUCACAGGCUGAUAUCAACAAAAAUGUUGACAUGAUCAUGGCUAGGCGCAAGGAGCGGGAAUAUUUUGCAACUAGUCCUGACUAUGGUCACUUAGCAAGUAAAAUGGGUUCUGAGUUUCUUGCAAAACUCCUCUCACAGCAUCUAGAGUCUGUAAUUAGAGCUCGGAUACCAAGUAUCACGUCCUUGAUUAACAAAAGCAUUGAAGAACUAGAAAAGGAGAUGGACCAUCUUGGUAGGCCUAUUGCUCUUGAUGCAGGGGCUCAACUUUACACCAUAUUGGAACUUUGUCGUGCAUUUGAUCGCAUAUUCAAGGAGCAUCUUGAUGGAGGGCGACCUGGAGGUGAUCGUAUUUAUGGAGUCUUUGACAACCAGCUUCCUGCUGCUCUGAGAAAGCUUCCAUUUGAUCGGCAUCUUUCUCCGCAAAAUGUGAAGAGAGUGGUCUCAGAGGCAGAUGGUUAUCAACCGCACUUGAUUGCUCCUGAGCAAGGUUACCGAAGGCUUAUUGAUGGUGCAUUAAAUUAUUUCAGAGGCCCAGCUGAAGCUUCUGUAGAUGCUGUUCACUUUGUCUUGAAAGAACUUGUACGGAAGUCAAUAGGAGAAACUCAGGAAUUAAAGCGCUUUCCAACUUUGCAAGCUCAAAUUGCAGCAGCUGCUAAUGAGGCCUUGGAGAGGUUUCGGGAGGAAAGUAGGAAGAUAGUAAUUCGAUUGGUAGAUAUGGAAUCUUCAUAUUUAACAGUUGAUUUCUUCCGAAGGCUUCCCCAAGAAGUAGAGAAAGGAGGAAAUGCUGCUGCUGCUGCCACAACUACAGACCGUUAUGCAGAGAGCCACUUCCGGAGGAUAGGUUCAAAUGUAUCCUCUUAUGUGAAUAUGGUGUCUGAGACACUCAGGAACACAAUCCCAAAGGCUGUGGUAUACUGUCAGGUUAGGGAAGCCAAACAAUCACUGCUAAAUUACUUCUACACGCAAAUAGGGAAGAAAGAGGCUAAGCAGCUCUCUGAGUUGUUAGAUGAGGACCCGGCCUUGAUGGAAAGGAGACAACAGUGUGCAAAGAGGCUGGAAUUAUACAAGGCUGCAAGGGAUGAGAUUGAUUCAGUAUCAUGGGCCCGGUGAUUACCUCAUGUUCUGAGUACUAAUCCAUACUAUUGAUCAUAUGAAUUGUUAACAGCUUAGAUUCAUGUUUGUAUACAUAAUUCUUUAUAUUACUGUCGCUUGGACCAAUAUACUGGAUUCUUGUGAUUGAUAUGUUUAAUCUAAUGGUGUUUCACGUUUUGUCACGGGCAGAACUUCUUUUUCUUUGCAGUUUGAAUUCUAACCCAAGUCAAGAAAUAUGCACAGCUGGAUCUCUCACUGGCACAUGCUACAGCCAUGGAGGAAAAUUGUCAUCUCAAAUUGGGUAGUAUCACCAUGGAAGAAACCUGUUUUUCAUGUUCUUGAAAAAAAAAAUCUCAAAAUGUUUUCGACGUAAUAGUCGAUUUUCUGAUCCAAACAACUGUAUCAUGACUUCAGGCGAGAUUUUUCGACGUCAGCGAGGUACGGAAGAAACAACCCCGUCACAAAAAAAUUUUUUUUAAAAAAAAAUUUAGGAUAAAGUCAUUUGAUUUGU